AUGCUCAAGGUAAACACAAACGAGGUGAUACUAGAAUGGUUUGACAUGAAGAUUUUCACAUCCAACUCUCUUGCACUGGAUCACGUUGUCAGCGGUCGGCUCUGCUUGGGAUCCACACAAGCAAUCGUCCAAUCCUCCGAUGUUGACAACCUUACCUUGAGGUGGACAGCCCAGGAACCUCGUUGGUGUCAGAAUGAGUCACGGCGUGAACAUCCUGUUCUGUGGAAUCCCUCGGUGUUAACGGUUGCCACACUUCCGAAAGAUCAACUGUCUGACAUUGCAGCACGUCCACCGCUCUUUCGAUCACUCUUGAUAUCUUCCGCAAUUCGCGCACGAACAUUGAUCUCGAAUACUGUUCCGGCUGAUCGUGAAGUUCUGGAUCCUUGA